AUGGCCUCAAUCGAAUUGACGCCGGAAAAGCCGGAGUUUCCAGUUGGCGGAUGGUAUGUUGAAGGACAAAUGAACGAAAAGAUAUGCGCCACUUCCUUGUAUUACUUGGACAGUGACAAUAUAACCGACGACAGCCUCUCAUUCCGCAUGCAGGUCCCCGAGGACAUCGAGCGGUGGCCUGAAUUCGAUGUCGAACAGGAUUCCGACCACUGGCUGGAGCAGAUCUACGGCACUAUAUUGGGGUGCGCUAAUGGUGGCCCUCGUCUACAAAACUAUGCAAGUGUUCAGACGCGUCAGGGACGCCUUUUGGCAUUCCCUAAUGUCUUCCAGCAUCGCGUUUCUUCUUUCAAACUCAUCGAUCCCACCAAACCUGGCCAUUGCCGCUUCAUCGCCCUGUGGCUUAUGAGCUGGUACACAGAGUCCAUCUUCGAGACCAGCGAAUCAGCCCAACAGACUGUGCUGAAAAAGCUGCCACCGGAUGUCAUCGAGCUGCUUGUCGAGCUCGGUUGGCCUAGCAUCAGUAACAACUGCGAAUGCCGGCUCCCAGAAGAACUCAUGGAACUUGUGCGCGCAUAUCUAAAACACGAUAAAUUUGCGCUGCCGAUGACUGUGCAGGAGGCGAAUGAGCAUCGCUUGAAGCUCAUGCGUGAGAGAAGUGCGUUUGUUAGGAAGAGUGACGAAUGGUGGCAGGGACAGACGUAUUGCUUUUGCGAGCAUUGA